AUGGCCGCGGCCGAAGACGGGUCCUGGGACCAGACGGGCGAGAUGUUUGAGGACCCGGAGGAAAAGAAGGUCGUCUACUGUGCCCUCGACUCCUACCUCCAAUAUGCCAAGGUGGCACAUUUCAACGUCACCCACCUGCGCCGCCAGAGCUUCUACGCCCUGCCCCAGGCCCAAUGGCAGAUGCUCGCGGCACCCCCCUUUAACUUUCUGGACACUCUCGACCGCACCGACGAAGCCAUCGACGCCAACGCACAACUGGCCCGUGCCAUAGCCCACCACGGCAUCAAGUCCUUUGGCCUCGCCAAUCCUGACCCUGCUGCCUCGGCCUCGCCCGACGAGCCGGCCCUCGCCCGCGAGUGGGUGGGCAUCGCCAAGCACAGCGACAUCGACAAGGCUCGCAGCACCCUGCGCCAGUUCUUCCGCGACUGGACCGCCGCCGGCGCCGCCGAGCGCCAGGCCUCCUAUAGCCCCGUCUUCACCGCCGUCGAGAGCCAGCGCGCGCGCCUUGCCACCACAAGCAGCAGCAGCAGUGGCAACGACAGCGGCGCAAAUCUCAGCGUCCUCGUCCCCGGCGCCGGUCUCGGCCGCCUCGUCUUCGAACUCUGCCGCGCCGGCUGUGACGUCGAGGGCAACGAGAUCUCCUACCACCAGCUCCUCGCCUCGGACUUUAUCCUCAACCACACCAAGACCGCCGGCCAGUUCACCAUCUUCCCCUGGGUUCACACCUUCUCGAACCACCGCACGCGUGAGAACCACCUGCGCAGCUACGCCGUGCCAGACCUGCACCCAGGCACCGCCCUCGCCUCAGUGUCGUCGUUGUCGUCUCCUCCCUCCCAGCCAGGCACCAUGUCCAUGUGCGCCGCCGAUUUCCUCUGUCUCUACGGCGACGAGGCGCGGCGCGCAACCUACGACGUCGUCGCCACCGUCUUCUUCCUCGACACGGCGCCCAACCUCGUGCGCUACCUCGAGACCAUCCUCAGCUGCCUCAAGCCCGGCGGCAUCCUCGUCAACGUCGGGCCCCUGCUGCACGACUACAACAACUCGUCCGGCAUCGCCGAUCCGGGCUCCUUCGAGCUCGCCGACGACGAGGUCAUGGCCCUCGUCGAGCGCGUCGGCUUCGUCGUCGAGGCCCGCGAGACGGACCGCCCGGCGCCCUACAUCCAGGACGACGAGUCGAUGAUGCAGACGCUGUACCGCGCCAGCACGUGGGUCGCGAGGAAGCCUCUCGCCGGUGAUGGAAUCUAG